AGUGGGAGUACUAUAAUUGAGCUUCUCUCUCUCUAAUUCUACAUCAUCAUCAUCGUGCUGUGACUAUCAAAGCCGGACGCUCGCCUCAAUGCAUUCGCAUCAUCCUGAUCUGUGCUGAUUACCAACGGCACGAGUACUGGUUCGGCGCGAGACGCCUGGCUUUUCCUUCUCUGGUUGUAUUUUGGCGAAUGCGCUGAGUCUUACAGACAAACGCGUCCGCGUGGCUUGUUUUGGAGAGAGAAACGUGCAAUAGCCUAUAGGCAUCUCAUCUGGGCAUCUCGACCGAGUUGGGGAAGAAAAAAUGAGGGUGAGGAAUUUGGUGGUGGUGCUACUCUUCGUGACGGUAAUUGCUCCGGUUGUGUUAUACACAGACCGCCUGGCUACUUUCAAGACGUCUUCCUCUACAGAUGAAUUUAAUGAAGAUGUUACGACCAUUCAGGCUCUCAAUGGCCAUAACCAGCGUCUAAAUGUGCUACCGCAGGAAUCGUCUACAACCCUUAAAGAGCCGAUUGGAAUAGUCUAUUCCGAGAACUCAACCAAAUCUCUUCAAAAUUCUGGUUCUUCAGCCCAACAACGCUCCACCAACAUUGCACUUUCAACUCAAGAUUUGCAUCUGGAAUCGGGGGACCAUAAAUCUACUAGAGUAUUAUCUGCUACAUCCGUUGAGGAAAAUCAACAUCACGAUCAAUCUCAAAAGAACCCCAUCAGGGAGGUCAAUGAUGCUACCAAUGAAGAAAAGGAAAUUGGAGAAGAUACAAUUGAUGCUGAUGACAAGGCUGACCAAUUAUCAGAGAAGCAUGCUGACCAAUUAUCAGAUAAUGCUUCUCAAAACAUGGAAACAAAGCGGGAGCAACAAUCUACUGAAACCCCAAGCAAGAUUGAUAAGAAAGUACGCAUAAAAAUUGAUGCUGGAAAACAAAAAGAUCAAACAGCCAUGCCAGAUGCUCGGGUGCGGCAACUUAAGGAUCAGCUCAUUAGGGCCAAGGUUUAUCUUUCCCUCCCAGCCACAAGAAAUAAUCCUCACUUUACAAGGGAGCUCAGAGGGCGGAUAAAGGAAAUUCAGCGAGCACUCGGGGAUGCAAGCAAGGAUUCAGAACUGGCAAGGAAUGCUUAUGAAAAGUUAAAGGCAAUGGAGCAAACAUUGGCAAAAGGAAAGCAAAUUAAUGAUGAUUGUGCUGCUAUAGCGAAGAAGCUGAGGGCUAUGAUCCACUCAUCAGAGGAGCAGCUCCGGGUGCACAAAAAGCAGACUCUGUUCUUGACACAGUUAACAGCAAAAACGCUCCCUAAAGGUCUGCAUUGCCUCCCAUUGCGCCUUACAACUGAGUAUUAUACCUUGAGUUCUUCUCGACAGCACUUUCCAAAUCAAGAGAAAUUAGAAGACACCCACUUGUACCACUAUGCAUUGUUCUCUGAUAAUGUAUUGGCAGCAGCAGUUGUUGUAAACUCAACUGUUACUCAUGCUAAGGACCCUUCAAAGCAUGUUUUCCACGUUGUCACUGACAGGCUCAAUUAUGCAGCAAUGAGGAUGUGGUUCCUGGUUAAUCCACCUGGCAAAGCCACUGUCCAGGUUCAGAACAUUGAAGAAUUCACAUGGUUAAAUUCAAGCUAUAGUCCAGUUCUCAAGCAGCUGGGUUCUCCCUCCAUGAUAGAUUAUUACUUCAGAGCUCAUCGGGCCAAUUCCGACGUGAAUUUGAAGUACCGGAACCCAAAAUACUUGUCUAUUCUCAAUCAUAUACGGUUUUACCUUCCAGAGAUCUUCCCAAAGCUCAACAAAGUACUAUUCUUGGAUGACGAUGUUGUUGUACAGAAGGAUCUCACUGCCCUCUGGUCCCUUGAUUUGAAGGGGAAUGUUAAUGGUGCUGUAGAGACGUGUGGGGAGAGCUUCCAUCGUUUUGAUCGGUAUCUAAACUUCUCAAAUCCUCUUAUCUCCAAGAAUUUUGACCCGCAUGCUUGUGGAUGGGCAUAUGGAAUGAAUGUAUUCGAUUUGGAGGAAUGGAAGAGGCAAAACAUCACGGGGGUGUACCAUUCUUGGCAGAAGCUGAAUCAUGACAGACAGUUGUGGAAGUUGGGAACACUGCCACCUGGUCUCAUAACAUUUUGGAAGCGCACAUAUCCGCUUCAUCGCCACUGGCAUGUGCUUGGCCUAGGUUACAAUCCUAGUGUCAGCCAGAAGGAAAUUGAGAGGGCAGCUGUCAUACACUAUAAUGGUAACUUGAAACCAUGGCUUGAGAUAAGUAUACCCAAGUAUCGGAACUACUGGACAAGAUAUAUUGAUUAUGACCAUAUAUAUUUGCGGGAGUGCAACAUUAAUCCAUAAAAGUGGCCCUCAUGGUAUGUUGAAUCAUUUUGACAAUACAAGCAUAUGAUCAAGCAGCUCUCCUCAACAAAAUCAAUGUGGCCUUGCAAUUUUACAGGUCUGCGUCCCCACUCUGUAGGCUGAUUUUUUUUUCAAUAUUCUGAAUUCAAUUCUUUCUGUACGUUCUAAUUUAAUUUACUUUGUAUUUAUUUUUAAAUAUUGAGCUAGAGAGUGGGAACCCUGAUAAUGUUUUCAGUUUUGGUCUCUUGGGUUACUUAUCUGCAGACCUACAGGUGAAUUUAUAAAUGAGUUGAAGCUAGAUUUUUGGCUUUCAUUAGAGUGUAUCAUCUUCUCGUGGUCAUGUAUAUGAGAUUCUACUAGGUUUGCAGUUGAACAGAAUGCAGCAUCUUGUUUGCUCUCUGUUUACACAAGGAAUGAUUGUUUAUCCAA